AUGAUAUGGUGUGUUAUGGGACGAUUCAUUGUUUUCUCUAAUUCAACAGUCUUUGUUUCUAAUAAUAAUUUAAAAUGUCAUGAAUGUCCUAAUUAUUCUCUUAACCAAAUCAAUGAUAUUGAGUAUAGACCAACUACUUGUAAUAAUGAAACAACUACGAUUAAUAUGAAAUUAUUGGAGAAUAGACCUAGUGGUGUUACAAUGGCAAUUUAUAGUAUAGAUUUACAACUUAGUUAUUCACUUGAUUCAUAUGGAUUACCAUCAUAUAUUGAAGUUAUAGUUGGAGAGAAUGAACCAGAGAGAUAUGAAUUAGAAGAUGAAGUUGUAAAUGAUGAAUGUAGUGAUUGUGUUAAAAAUAAAGAAAUUACAUAUUCACCUCCAUAUGGACAAAUAGGAAGAGAAAUACAAUUUAGAGGAUUAGGAAAUAUUGUAUGUAUUUCAAAGAUAGAAGUAAUACAAUUUUUUACAAUUGAAGCAUUAAAUAUAAUUGAUUAUUAUCCAGUAUUAGGACCAAUAGAAGGAGGGACAUAUAUUACAUUUAUAGGAAGUAAUUUUAAUAGUAAAGAACAGUAUUAUUGUUUAAUUAAUGGAAUUAAAAUAGAAAGUGAAAAAAUAAAUGAGCAACAAAGAAGUUGUAUUACUCCAAAAAAUAAAAAUCAAAGUCAAAUUGAAAUUCAAUUAUUUAGUGAAAAUUUUCCAUUAACAGCAUUAACAAAUGUUACAUUUGAUUAUUAUGAUGUUUUAUUUGAAAGUGCAAGAAUUUAUAAAGAUAAUGAAGGAUCUAAUCAACAAAUUGAAGUAUGUGGAAAAGGAAUAAUUAAAUCAAAUAAUAUAGAAUGUUUAAUAUCAAGUCAAGGAAUUAAUGAAACAAGAGUUGGAGGAAUUUAUUUAAAUGAAGAAUGUGUACUUUGUUUUUAUAAUACAGAAGGAAUAACUACACCAAUUGAAAUAAUUAUUUUAUUAAAUGGACAAAAUAAAUCAAAUAGUGUAAUAUUAAGAAUUAAUCAAAAAAUAACAUAUGGAAUAAUUAUUCUUAUUGUUUUAACAAUAUUAAUUAUUAUUCUAAUUACAAUUGGAAUGUUUAUUGUAAUAUACAGAAUUUAUAAUAAAAGAAAGAAAGAUAAUAUUAAAGGAUGGAUUAAUAUUAAUGAAUUAUAUUUAAAUAACAAAAUCUCUAUUAAAACUAAAAGUGUUAUUUGGAUGGUUAGUUGGAAAGGUGUUAAAUUUGUUUUAAAAGAUCAAAUGAUUGAUAAUUCAAAUGAAUUUGAACAAAUUAAAGAAAAUAUUAAAACAAUAAAAGAAAUUAGACAUCCUUGUAUUAUUCAAUAUUUUGGUUAUUCAAUUGAAUAUCCUCAUUUAUAUCUUUUAAUGGAAUUUAUGCCAAAACAUUCUUUAUUUAAUGUAUUACAUUCUAAUUUAAAAAUUAUUCCAAUUGCAACAAAAUUUAGAAUUAUUAAUGAAAUUUCUAAAGGAUUAGCUUAUCUUCAUGACCUUAAUCCUCCUAUUGUUCAUGGUAAUUUAAAUUCAAAUAAUGUUUUAGUUGAACAAAAUUAUUCAAUUAAAUUAAGUGAUAUUUGUCUUGGAUUUAAUUUAUCUUUAAAUGAUUCAAUUCCUUGGAAAGCACCUGAAGUAUUAACUGGUAAUAAACCAACAACUAAAUCAGAUAUUUAUAGUUUUGGAAUUAUUUUAUGGGAAAUAAUUACAAAUCAAAUUCCUUUUGAUGAUAUUGAUCUUAAAGAUGAUCUUAUUCUUAAUAUUGUUCUUGGUCAACGUCCUCCUUUAAUAAAUUCAAUACCUGUUCCUUGUAAAGAAUUAUUAUUAUCUUGUUGGAAAAUUAAUACUGAACGUUUAAUUUCGAUUGAUGAAAUAGUUAUGAAAGUAGAAUCGUGGAAAAAUACUCAAUUUUAA